AUGGUGCCAUGUCGGGAGCCUCACUACUCGCAAUGUCCAGAGGAGGUAGAGGACCUCAUCGAGCUACAGAGUGGAGUCUGGGACGAAGAACUGGUUCUCCAGAAUUGCCGCGCGCGGUUUCUAGCCGGCAAGCCGUACAUUGGGGCUGGGAACGUGACGAUUGCGGUCAAUCCCUGCAGGAAUCUCGACGAACUUUACGACAGGGACAUGCAGUUCAGGUACAUGAAGUACAACAGAACCGACCUACCGGUGCACGUGUACGCGACGAGUGCCUCCGCGUAUUGGCGGCUAUCCGAGGGCCUUGGCCGCCAGACCAUCCUAUUGGCCGGGGAAUCCGGCUCUGGAAAAUCUUUCACUACCUCCGUUCUCUUGGAGCACCUGGUGGAAGCCGCAGAAAUGUCGAGACGAGUCUACGGGACGACGGCUCAGAAUGAGCGGGGGGGGGUUUCUGGCGGUAUGACUACCGUCGAGGAUGACGGUGGAAACAAGACGGGGCGUUUGAGAAAGCUGGUGGCAAGUCGAAGGGUCAUUUUAGAGACAUUCGGCAAUGCUGGAACGCCUUUGAACGAGAGCAGCAGUCGCUUCAUGGCGCACACGAAAGUCUUCUACUCCAAGCAUGCGUUUCAAGCGGCCGGAAUACAGGAUAGCACACUCCUUCUGGAGACGCCAAGGCUUUGCAACACCCGCCGGGGCCGCGGAGAAAGGACUUUCAACGCCUUCUACCAGAUGCUAGGUGCAGACGAAACCGUCAAAAUGCGCCUCCGUCUUGGUGACAAAACAGCGGCAGACUUCGCUGUAACCGCCUUCGAGCCCUCGUCAAGUCAAGGUGGAGAAAAAAACGCUAACGAUGCUGCUGGUGCCGGUUCGGCAUGGUCGAGCGGGUCAAUUCGAAGUAUUCGCAACACAGAGGGGUGCGCAGGGGCCCCAAGCGUUUCUGUGCCAACAUGCGGGUCCAGCGGCCCAAGCGGGGCCGGGGGGCUGCACAAGACUCUGGAUUCGAUGGCAACAAUUGGGGUAUCAGCAAAAGAUCGGGAAAGCACAAUGCGGGUCCUAUCGGCCGUGCUACACCUUGGCCAGAUCGAGUUUGCGGACGUUAAAGAAUUAAUUGAUCGCGACUUCGGAGUGAUAGAGAUACGUGAUGAGGCGCCUCUGGAGGCAGCGAGCGACAUGCUUGGCUGCAAAAAGCACCAUCUGCGCAAUGCACUGCUCACGCGGAGUCUCGCCGCCGGGGGGGAGGGAGGCGCAGCGUUUGUGUCGAGGGGAGGGUCGAGGAGGACGAGGGGGGUCGUGGACACGCUGACCGUGCCAUUGGACAAAGCCCAGGCCUUGAGGGCGAGGGACAACCUUGUCCAAGAGGUAUACUUGAGGCUGUUCAAAUGGCUGGUAAAAACAAUGAACGCUUGCACGGGCCUCCCAUCCGAUGAAAAACAGGCAGGCGUCAGCUCCAUAGGGCUCUUGGACAUGUUCGGGUUGGAAAACCUCGACCCCAGCGGAUUCGAGCAACUCUGCAAGAACUAUGCUGUCGAGAAAAUUCACGGAAGGUUCCUUCAGGACGAGGUGUGCUACGGGAACGCCAAGGGCGGUGCCACCGGGAGAACGGCCCAAGCGUCGGCGGUAGCUGAGGUGGAGAGCAAUCGACGGCUGUUGGCUAUGUUUGAGGGUCCACUGGGCUUGAUUCGUCUCGCCGACGACGAGUGCCUCUGCCCGGAAGGAAACGGCCAGUCUUUCGUGAACAAGCUCCUUCUUCUCGCAGCUACGGAAGAAGAGACAAGGCAAGAUUCACGGGGCGAUGGUGGCGCCUGUUGGGGUUGCUCUCGCUUGGUCUACGUGGGAGACGGAGACGAAGACUGCCGCUGUCGUGGUGGUGCGGUCACCGGGGGCAGAAACAGCGCGUGGCCGGCGUGCAUCGACCCGAACAAGUCUGGGAACAGGCUAGCAAACUCCUGUUUUCACAUCAAGCACUUUGGAGGACCGGUGCGAUACACCGCGGCCGACCUCUUGGAGAAAAACAAGGGCGGGGUUGGGCAGGGUUUGCUUGAUCUUCUUGACGAUGUGUGCACCAACGACUUGGUUGGCAAGGGGUCGAGGAGUAGCCGCUACAGGGACGGGCGCCGGGCCAGCACAGUGGACGGCGCCGCCGACCACCGGAGGCAAAACUUGCACCAGCGUAGGCUCAACGAGUCCGUCCUGUCGCAGCACCGACGCCAGCUCACGGAAUUAUUGCGCGAAAUCGAGGACACCAAGGUUCGUCAUAUUGUCUGCAUCAAGCCAAACGAUCAGCUUUCUCCGAGCUUCCUCGACGGCCGAAACCUCCUUCGACAGCUGUCCUCGGCGGGAGUAGCGGCAGCAGCAGAAAGAGGUAUCCUCUCGUUGCCAUCCGGCCGAAGGGUGGACAAAGAAGCGUUCUUCAACGACUUCAGGGUCGUCCCGGGGGCGAUACAGAGGGUCUUAAACAACGAGGGUAAUUGCUGCAAGCUGGGUCACGGCACCAUAUUCUUCAGGAAAGGUGUCUGGGAAUCCCUUGAGCGACGAAGGGAAGCAGUCGAACGGCGGGGGUGCGAGGCGAUACAACGGAUCUGGCGACAACACGUCCGUCGCGUCCGCGCCAAUGCCGAAUGGCAAGCGCACCUUGCAGUCGAAGCGGAGAAGAGAGCUGUGGCGGACCGACGACAACAGCAACUCGAGGAGGAGAAGAAGCAGGUGUGGGAGAACGAAGCGGGCAAGAAAGCGAGCCAGGUGGAACAGCAGGCACUCCAGGAGAGGGAACAGCAACAACAGUGGCAGGAACACCGCUUGCAAUCCGUCACCGUGUUGCAAGAGACCCCGUGCAGGUAUUGAUCACAGACUUAAAGCUUUUGCACCGUAGCAGCAGUUGGUGUCAAUCGUAGACAACACGAAUGCAACAGAAACCUAACAAGUCUGGCAAUGUGCUUUGCCUUUUGGCACAAUUUUUACCGUGAUGAUGAGGCGAUGAAGUACACGAGUGUGUCUCGGUAUCAACGCGGCCUUGCAUAUCUUCUUCGAUUCAUGGGAAAAAAUGUCACAACUACAAACACGUCCCGAACGGACGUAGGCGCGCCUUUGGCCUCAAGCUCGUAUCGGUAUCAUCUAAGCAAGCCGGUCGCCCCGGUGGUCUAGUUGGUAGCCUCGUAACCUUCUAGAGGUCAGGUCAGGGGUUCGAAUCCCGGCGUAGGCGAGCUUUUCUUGCAAAGUGAGUUUUUCUCUCGCCUCCGCUCCUGGCCAAGUGGAUAGCGCUAGUUCGUGUGUACACAGAGGGAAGAGAGUGCUGAACUCUUCUCGCAUUAAAAAUUGAAGGCGAAGUACCGCAGGAGGGGAGGGUAGAGAUAGGCUCUUCUGUGUGACCACGGGUUAGAAUAAACGGCACUAGUGCUGUGAGCGCUGAUUUAAAGU